UGUGGCUGAGUUUCAGGUGGAAAUGAUGCAGGUAGUUCUGUUUUCUAAAGAGUUUCAUUUCUAUUUGCUCUUUUUUCAGUAAACCAACCUGGUAGAAGACCUCAGCCUGCAUUAGAUCCCAGUCAAAUUUUACAAAUCAAGGUGAAAAAAAUGGCAUCAAGUUCCUGUUUGUCCACUGUGGACAGAGGCAGUUCUAAGCGAGCUCCCUUAAUUUCAACCAAAGAGAAGCAGACUGUGGUGGAUGGGCAGCCCAACUCUUUAACCCACAACAAACGAGGAGACUAUAAACAAGAGAGUAUUCAACAGUGGCUAAACACAGGGUGCAUGCUAGAUGCAAAUCCUGACUCACUUCAGAGUACAGAGCAAACAGCUGUGCCUCUAAAGAGGCUGGCCAGCGCAGAAGAUGAUCUGGUGUUGGGCGUGGAAGCCUCUUUGUAUGACAAAAACAUAAACCGUAUGACUGUACAAGAAUAUAUAAGAUCUCUAAAACCACAAUCAGGAAAUCCAUCUUUAUCAAGGUGGAACAGUGUGACCUCAUCCUUUUCAGUCAGUACUGGAAUCAAAAGUGUAAUGGAUGUUUUGGAUCGCUGGCAGGAUGAUCCAGAAGAGGUUCUGUUAGACCUGGGCUUUGGUGUAGAUGAACCUGAUAUUUCUAUAAAAAUUCCUUCAAGGUUUAUAAACUGCCCAUCGAGAGCACAAGGAAUUAAUAUCAGAGUCUUCCUUGAGGCACAGAAGAUGCGGAUGGAUACUGAGAACCCUGAUUACUGUAAUCGUUUCCGACAGCUGGAGGUCUUGCAUCAAGUGACCAGCGUCUUUACAAACCUGUUCAAUGAUGUAAGCAUAAAUACAUCAGGUGUCACUGAACCACCUGUGACUACCCCAGAGGAAAAGAAAUCAUCAGAGCUGAAAGAAAAGAGAAAAAAGUUAGCCAUGCUUCUCCGAAGAGCCUCCAAACAAACCAUAAACAUGGCACAGAGCAAGCAAGAACCACAGAAAUCAACACAAACAUCAGAGAAAGACAACGACUCCCCUAAUGCUGCAAGAACAGACGUAAAAAUAGCUUUUAGGCAGCCAAGGCAAUGUCUUCUUGAAAAUGGAUGCCUGUCACCCCUGGAAGAAGAGCAGAGUCCUGCAGCUGAGACACCUCCAGAUUUGCAUCUAGAGGUUGCAGAGAAAGAGAAUCCUCAGACUGCUCCUUUAUCUGGAGUGACAGGGGGUGAACAUUCACUAGCCUUGGAAUGUUUACCAAGAGUUAGAACAUCCUUAGAUUCUCACCAUAAUGCUGCCAGUUCACUGAAAAGAAAUCGACAGGCUCCCGAUUCCUUUGAGAUGGAAGAGAUUCACAGCUUUGACGAGGGAAGUAUUUCAGGGAGCAUUUCAGGACCAGUUACUGAAGUCACUUUAGAAGAUUUUGUCAUAAGAAGAGCAAACAGCUGCCAAUCAGACAGUAGUGGAUUUCUGGAGGAACCAUCAGUGCCUUCUCUUUUACAGAAAGCUACAGCAAUGCCUCUGGCUACAAAGACACUUCAAAAACUGGAUACUAUCUGUGUGGACAGCCAGACUACUUUCAGGAGAAACAUGGAUCUCUCAACUUCAGGUCAAGAUCCAGAGCAAGAAUUAGAUUCUGAUGUUUCACAGAAAAAUGGUUUUACAUCAGAUGUUGAAAAUGUAGGAUCUCCAGAACUGGAAUUACAGCAACAGGAUGACUGUUCUUGUUCCCAUAAUGUACAAGUUUCCAUAGCUGUAGGAAGUAACACCUCUGUUAUCCAGGAUUACUUGGAGGUUCCAGGGCCAUUGCAGGGUACAUCAUCUGAAGACAGUGGUUUAAGCUUAAUUGAAAGUAACAAAGAGCACUUCAACAAAGAAGUGACUGUACCAGAACCAAUGGAUGACAAUGGAAGCCUAAGCAUUGCUCAAGGUCUAAAUGUGCAGCUAGAAAUCAUUCCUAAUUUGGACACAAGUAAAAGUGUUAGACUUCAAGAUGGAGACAUGCAAAUACCAAAUAUGCAACUGGAAAACACCCCAGGUUUGGAUUACAAUACAAACAUAUUACCUCUUCCAUUUGGUGAUAAGUCUCAAAACUCAAUUCAAGAGGUUGAGAUUCUCCCUGUUUUUUCACAGACUGAAGAAGGCCUACAAGAUUGUCGCAUUAAUAUUUUGGGGACCAAUACAAGCCAAAGUGAAGGAUCUAAAACAGAUCUAGAGGUUAUCAACAGUCAUGCUCUUGAAUCUUCCCCAGACAAAAGUGCAUUUAAUAGCACCUUUCCUUCUAUUAGCCAACAAGUAGACUCAAAAAUGGAUCAAUGUGAAUUCACAGUGCCUUCUUAUAGACCCCAUAAGCUCAAAGAACUUUACCAAACAUCAAAAGCAAACAUUGCCUUAACCAGAUCUGUAUCUGUACAGAUGCCCUCAAACUUAAGGACUACUUUCCAAUACAGUGUGCCCAAAAGACAUAUAGCUAAAGGCCAUUCUUUGGAAAUCAUGUCACAAACAGAUCAGCAAGCCAAAACAGAUGCCUUCACGAAAAGGUCAGGGUCUGCUAUUCCACUACUUCACUGUAUGGAUAACAGAAAUGUCUUUGGUCAGACUAUUCUCGAACAUAAGCAAGAUGCUUCCAAACCCUUACUUUCAUGUGAUAGUCAUGGCUACAGCUUCUUGUCCAAUUCUGUAUCAUUGGAUACUGGACUUGUAAAUGAUGAUGGUAACUCCGAUGAGAUGUUUAAUGAUCGUUCUUGUUGUCACCACCACUGCUGCUGUUCUCCAAGUGGCUAUUCUUCACAUGGCUUUUACGCUCAGCCACCUGAUAAAGUUACAGUGGGUCACCUGCAUAAAACCCUGGAACUACUUCAAUGUGCAAUCAGGAAUCUAGCUGCUUUCCCAUCCCACUCUGAGUCUGUGACACCAACUGUGACAGGAUAACAUCAUGGCCCAAGCUGUUACCGGCAGGAAGAGAGAUUCAGGGACAAGAAAGCUGCAGUGAACCGCUGUUGCGCACAUUUAAUUCACAAAACAACAAAUAAAACACUGGAACAAAUAAACAGACACAUGGGCCAAAAUAAAGAUUCAAACAAAACAAAACAAUAGAAUAUAAUAUUAGGUAGGCUGGGCAUUCUCCUUCACUACAGAUACAGACCCAGACGCAGAUGCAGGUGAAAACACAGGUCACCAAACUCCCUUCAUCAAACAAAGUUUUUUUCUUUCUUUUUAUACAUAUGGCCACUCAGCACCAAUUACCUAAUUGGGGAAUGGCCACACCUGUGAUUGCUGGUAGGGAUAGAUUUAACGCAUGGGUCUCCAAUCCUGGUCCUGGAGGACCGGUGUACCUCCUGGUUUUUAUUCCAACUGUACCUUAAAUUAAUUAAUUUAAGCUUCUAAUAAGCACUUAAUUGGUCCAUUUUAGUAAUCUAGGGUACAGUUGGAACAAAAACCAGGAGGGACACCGGCCCACCCCUGAUUUAACCCCAUCCCUGCCAACCUUACAUUCCCACACACACUAUUUACAGCAGCAGGGCUUCUGCCCUACCACAGGUACACAUACGUAGCAACCAUUCAUAGCAACAGUACAGAUUCAUAGCAACAGGCUCAUGCGAUGCAUAAAAAAGAAAAUUAAAUAUUGGGGAAGUGCUUUUUCCUGAGCUUCCUGAAGAGGAACUUUUCUCAAAUUCAAUAAUGAAAAGACACUAAAAACACACGUUAUAAUAAAAAACUAUAUUGCCAUAUUUUAGCAAUAUCUCCACUCUCCACACAAACACUGUGGAACGGUGGAGAAAUACAAGGCUAAAGACCUGAACCGCAUUCUGCAAGCGUUUUCUGCUGAUGUAUGGAAAACAGGAGGAGAGACUGUAUAGGUACAUAUAGGUACUAUUUAGGGUUUUUGUGGAAAACCUCUGUCCCCUUGGGUUAAUAUAUUGACAGACAGGAGAUUAUAUUACCCAAAGCCAAAAGCAUCAAGCACAGUACAGCAGAGAAAUACAUAAAAACUAGACACUGAUAAUUAAACCAACAAAUGGCGAUAAGGACUUCGAUCGACAACUUUUUUUAUGGUUUACAUCAAUUGCAUGUUUCUUGUUUUUUUGAAUGAUUUGUUUUCAUUCCUGCUUUUUUAAUGUGGCCAAAUGAUUAGGAAUGUUAGGUUACUUACCGUAACCCUGGUUCCCUGAAAGAGAAGACGACCACCGACAUUAUGUAUGGGAUAUGCUGUGUGGAGGCUGUGUGGUCCAGUGGUUAAAAAAAGGGUUUGUAUCCAGGAGGUCCCCGGUUCAAAUCCCACCUCAGCCACUGACUCAUUGUGUGACCCUGAGCAAGUCACUUAACCUCCUUGUGCUCCGUCUUUCGGGUGAGACGUAGUUGUAAGUGACUCUGCAGCUGAUGCAUAGUUCACACACCCUAGUCUCUGUAAGUCGCCUUGGAUAAAGGCAUCUGCUAAAUAAACAAAUAAUAAUAAUAAUAUGCCUGCCUAUUGGGUAGGUAAUUACUGAGCUCUCUAUACCAGAGCUGCCGAUAGGCUCCUUCCUGGGAUGAUGCACCUGGUCCUGCCCACCGAGGGAUUAAAACCAUCAUCCUGAAUCGAACCCGUGAGGGUGACCGAUGCAACCUCGCGGUUGGUGGUCAUCUUCUCUUUCAGGGAACCAGAGUUAUGGUAAUUAACCUAAUGUUCCCUUUCUAUUUGAAGACGACCACCAACGACAUUAUGUAUGGGAUAAUGUAUACCAGAGCCGCCGCGAGGGAGAAGGAACGGCAUCAUAUAAGGGAUGCAUCAGAACCGCAUAACCCAAAAGUUAGCGAUGUGAGCUUACACCCUCAAGGACCCUUGUGCCUAAUGAAGACAGAGCAGGAUCUACCACAUUAAGGCGGUAGAACCUGGAGAAAGUAUGCAGUGUAGCCCAGCUAGCUGCAGUACAAAUAUCAGAUAUCGAGGCCCCUCUGAAGAGGGCCCAAGAUGUAGCCAACCCUCUAGUGGAGUGUGCAGCUACCCUCCCAGGUGGGGGCAAGCCAGCACCAUCAUACACAGUCGAGACUGUCCACAAUCCAAUGUGACAGAUGCUGCUUUGAGAGGUGCUGUCCUAGGGUCCGUGUCCCGUGACAGACAAAGAGCUGGUCAGACUGAUGCAGAGCUCUUGUCCUAUCCAUGUAGCAUCUCAAUGCCCGCACUGGGCAGAAGAAAUUCAAUUUCUCAUCCUUUGUUGAAGCAAAUGGGGGUGGAUGGAGAGGGUCUGUCAUAAAAGUAUUUGUGAUACUUCGAAAGGGAGGAGGUCUCAAGCGGAACUGAAACGCGUAACCGUUUUGCACGGUGGCGAGCACCCAGGUGUCCGAGGUGUAAGUGUGCCAGUACUGCAGCUGUUGUGCCAAAAAGGGGGUGUGAGCCCGCAAGCCUUCAGGGGCCCUGCUUAGGCUGCUGAGGUUGCGGCAGGGCACUUUGGGGUGUCUGUCUAAGGCGAUGGCCCUGGAAACGCCUCCUGGGAUGCUGGUGUGUAGGCUGGCCAUGUCCUGUGUUCCCUCUGCCUGCCGAGUGGGCCCGGCUGUUCGGUGCUGGUGUAGGCGAUGCCUUAGGUCACCCAGCUUCUGAGGAGCUCAUCUGCAGUUCGACCUGCCCCACGCGGGAGCGCGGGGAGGGAGUAACGCGGCCACCUGCCGGGACUUCUCGCGUUCCCAGUGGGACCUUUGCAAGAUCUCCUCCACGGCUGGCCGAAAGGUAUGUCCUGGGAUAUAGGCGCAUCUAGCAGCGCGGCCUUAUCCGUGUCAGGAACUCUGGCUUGUGACAGCCACAGCUGCCUACGAGCCACAGUCAAGCUAGCCAGGCUCCGGCCAAGAGCUUGCCCUUGGAGACUGGAGAUCUGCAGUAGCGUGCUGGACAGGAGACAUAGCUCAGUGGCCACUAGCUCAGGGAGCGGGACCUCGUGCAGUACACCGUCCAUAUAGGCUGUAAGCACGCUCGCCGUGUUUGACAGGCAAGUUGCCUGUGCCUCUGCUGCAUACGCCUGCUUGAAAUGCAUUUCCGUCACCUUGCAUUGAGGAUUCGGGCACUCCCCACCCACCAGCAGGGCCUUAACCAGGGCUGCGAUGGUGGAGUCUACUGUGGGCAACCCUGCUAGGCCCAGUUUUUCCACACCUUCUAGAGAGGCAAACGGUGCGGCCUGUUUUAGCACGCUAGGACCUGAGGCCGGAUAAUCCCAGGAGGAGCGUACCUAAGUCUGGGAAGGUCAGGAACUUUUGAGGGCGAGGAGCCAUCUCCUGCAUCUGGAAGACGGACCGGUGUGGUUCUGCCACUGGCGUCCAGGGCAGCACGUCCCAUCAGUGCCGAAACUGACCUGGACAAUGGGGGAGCACUGGCUUCUGAGGUUACCCCUGCCAGGCUCUUCCUUAGCAGGGGGUUAGAGCUCCUCUCCUACCUGCAUGUCAGAGGAGAAGGAGGCCCUAUCCCCAUAAGCCGCUAUAGAAAGCAUGUCCUUUUGCAUCAACUGGGAUGCGGCAAGGCUUAGACAGAAAGGCGAAAGGCUCUGUCGUUUCAAAGUCGUUGAUUCCGGGAAAGCGGCGAGCCAGCUUUCAGCACAAAUGCAAGGGAAAUACAACCAACUCGAUUCGACAUCGAGAAGCUCUUUUCUAUCAACACGCUCAGCUCAACACAGAGGUCUUACCGUACCAUCUUGGAUAUGUAUUUGCUCAAAGGGCCACAUGCAAAACAUUUUGGUAUGGCUUGCAUACUUUUCUUGUGUAUAUUUAUUAUUUUUUUUCUCUUUUUU